CAAGCUGCACGAAGCGUUGAGAGUCGCGAGUUGUCCCGAGUUGGGCCAGGUGCGACCGACCGAGCUGCCGCGAUUGAUAAUAUAUAAAGUUGCGAGUGACUCAGACAGGUUGGUCUGACCCGAGUGGACGUGGCCCUUGCAGAACCUGAGCAUACCCUGAGGAGGAGGCCGUCAGGGUCUGACCUGAGACUUUGCCGGACGCCGCGCUUCCCCUCGCUUGCAACGAUCCGCCGUCGUCAACAGCAGAUUAUGGACUGAUGCUUCAAGGAGCUGCGAUGAGGAUUAAAGGGGACGAUGCGGGGCCCUCGUCGCCAUCCGCAGCCUCGUCAGUCGAAUUUGAUGAGAUGAUGGAGGCGGACAACGACUCGCUGCGGGAAAGGGUGGCCGCCCUCGAGCAGAAAGCGUUGACACAGGCCGAUGAGAUUGUGUGCCUGCGUUCGACGCUGGCCGACGUGUUGCGUCGCGUCAACCUUCUGGAGGGUCAGUUGACCUCUGCUGGACAGAAUCCGCCCUUCCGAUUGCAGCCCCAAAUUCAACCGGCCACACCUUCGAGAAAUGGUCCCAUGAGAGUUUCAGUUGGUCCGAAGGAAGCGCCGGGGGUGCGUCUGCGUCCGCAGAGCGGGAUGAGGGUGCCUUCGCAGCUUCCACAGCGGAGCAGGGCCGUCCACUACCAGAGCACCGGCUCGCUGCACUCGGACUCGCCAUCGUCGGCGUCGGGCGGCGGUUCGCCGUCCCCGUCGCCCACGCACACGCCGCAGCAGAGCGCGUCGCCCGCGCCUCAGCAGUCGCGCUCCUCGGGCCCGACCCCCACGCCUCCGUCCCCCGGACACCGCGCGGCCGCCCUCUCCAGCCUCAGCCUGGCCAAACGCUGGAGUUCCACCGGCGACUUCAACGGAAGCGCCAGCUCGCCGCUCACCUCUCCGCACAGUCCGAUGGCAGCCGCCUCCAGAUUAGCGACCAAGUCCUUGUUUAACCUGUACAUGAAGCCAGUCAACCCUCAACAACAGUACAAUCACAUCACUUACAAGCAUGGCGUGAGAGACGCGAUCUACAACGAAGAAGAGGGCUACGUGCGCAUGUUCCUCCGCGGCCGGCCUGUCAUCCUGCACGCACCCUCGGACGUGGCUCCGUCGUUCGAGAUCACCAAGGUCGCCACUGCCCCGCAGCAGCGCCUUAAACUCGAAUGGGUGUACGGCUACAGAGGCCGCGACUGCCGCUCCAAUGUGUUUUUGCUGCCCACGGGUGAGGUGGUCUACUUCAUCGCGGCCGCCGUUGUGCUGCUCAACAUAGACGAGCAGUCCCAGAGGCACUACCUCGGACACACGGACGACGUCAAAAGUUUGGCCAUUCACCCGAACAAGUUGCUCGUCGCCAGCGGUCAGACAGCAGGGCACGAUCGAAAGGAUGGCAGGUCUUGGAGGUUGAACCCACCCCCGGACAUUACAGCGCCAGAGGCGGACUACUGGCCUCACGUCAGAAUCUGGAAUUCCGUGAGUCUGCAAACCCUGCACGUCAUUGGUAUCGGCGAUUUCGAGCGCUCCAUUUGCUGCCUAAGUUUUUCAAAAACUGACGGAGGCGCUUUACUUUGUGCCAUCGACGAAGCGCCGGACCACAACAUUUCAGUUUGGGACUGGCAAAAAGGAGAGAGAGGUCAUAAAAUCUCAGAAACGAAGUGUUCAAAUGAUACGGUGGUGGCUGCCGAGUGGCACCCAGUGGACCGGGGAACAAUUGUGACCUGCGGGAAGUCGCACAUCGCCUUCUGGACUCACGAAUUGGGCGGCACCCUGAUCAAGAGGAAUGGAAUCUUUGAGGGCCGCGAAAAGCCCAAGUACGUGACCUGCCUGGCCUUUUCGCAAAACGGUGAAGUUCUGUCUGGCGACUCGAACGGCAACAUCAUCGUGUGGGUGCGAGGCGGCAACACCGUAUCCAAGGUGGUCAGGGCGGUGCAUGAGGGCCCUUUGUUCUGUCUGGUGGUGACCAACGACGGCCAGGUCAUCUCAGGUGGCGGCAAAGACCGUCGCCUUGUUCAACUGGAUCACACCCUGAGCUCGACAGGCGCAUCGACACAGUUGCCGGACGACCUGGGCGGCGUCCGGGCCAUUGCCGCUGGCCGCGGUGGCCGCCUGGUUGUAGGCACCACCAAGAACUCGAUGGCCGCUGGGUCAUUGACCUCUGGAAUGGCGGCCGUUGCCAUCGGCCACACUGAUGAGGUGUGGGCGUUGGCCGCCCAUCCGUCGCUGCCACAGUUUGCGACCGGCGGCCACGACUGCUGCGUCCGAUUGUGGGACGGCCAGUCCCGGUCGGUGGUUUGGAGUUCUGACCUGCCAGAGCCUCUUCAAUCAGCCGCCUUCUCGCCAGAUGGGGCCGUCCUCGUCCUGGGACUUACCACAGGCCGCUGGCUGGUGCUCAACGCUGAAACCAGAGAGCUAAUGGUCCAGCUUGUUGAUGGAGCAGAACCUAUACAGGUCAUUAAAUUUUCCCCUGACGGCAACUUAUGCGCUCUUGGCUCGAGGGACAACAAUAUUUAUGUUUAUCAAGCCAGCGAGCAGUACAAAAAAUUCGAGCGCAUCGGCCGCUGUGUGCCUGAACGAAAGCGCAAGAGAAGCGCCUCUCUGCUUGCGUUGCUGGGCCACUCUAGUUUCAUCACCCACCUUGACUGGUCUGUGGAUGGCAACUUCAUUCAGAGCAACUCUGGAGACUACGAAUUACUUUACUGGAACGCAAGUACCUGCAGACAGGUGCCCCAGAGCACUCAGAUGCGCAACGUGGCCUGGGCGACCCUGAGUUGUCCCCUCAACUUCAACACACUGGGCGUUUGGCCUGAAAAUGCCGACGGCACGGACGUCAACAGCUGCGAACGGUCCCACAACAGAAAACUGCUCGCGACGGGUGACGACUUUGGCAAAGUCAAACUCUACGCCUACCCUGCCUGCCAGCCAAGAUCCUUGUGCCACACUUACAGCGGCCACAGCAGCCACGUGACGGCCGUGCGCUUCCUGCACGAAGACUCGCGGCUCAUCUCGGCCGGCGGCCACGACAACAGCAUCAUGCAAUGGAUGUUGUGCUGAAGCAUCAAUCUCAUACCCCCGCUCGAACGCUGAGUGAACUCAGUCACAGUUUAGUGCUAAUUAACACACGGUGAUUUUUUUUUUAACAAGUUGCUUCUUUUCAUAUUAGCAGCAUGUCAGGAAUGGAAAUGAUUCCGAAACGAUUUUUUAUCGCUACAUUAAUUUGCGCGCUGCAUCGUGUAUUAUUAAAUUAAAGACCACAAGAUAUUUAUUAGUAACCAAAUAUAACGUUAACUUACUUGUAGCUGACUCUCUUUUGAGAUGAAUUAUUAAGAAGCAAAAUCACAAACUACUGUACUAAAAAAACUUAAUGGGCUGUAGAGGGACUGCUGCUAAAUUGUUUCCACUACCUGAAGUUUGUGCUAAUGAAACGUCCUUUUUCAUCUGUAGUUGUGUCAUUAAAUAAAAAUACACAAAAAAAUUCGAAGCAGCUGUUGCUUGCAAGCAAAAAUCAUUGUGUGGAGGGCUAAGUGCUUGUUUGGUCAACAUUUCUGACACACAUUUAAACAUAUUGAAUAAAAAAUACAUAGUGCAUCACUUGUGAAGUAUUCUCAUGAAAGAAAUAAAGACAAAUCUUUUGAA